AUGCAACUAAGUCAUUUCAAUGCCCUUCAUUUGGGACGUCUUGACAUGGCGGCUCCAAAAGAAGCAUGUUUUCUUCCACAUUUGACAGAUACGUUCAACCUUUCUGGCUGUGUGCUUUACACCUCAUGUUAUCCAUGCCCAAUGUGUUUGGGAGCUUGUUUAUGGGCGCGUUUUGACUCGAUCUAUUAUGGAGCAACAGCAGAACAGGCUGCAGAAGUUGGAUUCGACGAUAAGGCUUUCCACGAAUUCUUGAAAAAUCCGUGCUCCGAUGACCAUCGAAAACUCGAACAUCUCGCCGUCGCCAACUGCUCGCGUCCCUUUGAGAUGUGGGCCAAGAAGAAGGACAAACUACCAUAUUAA